AUGGCAGACUCGAGCUUCAUGGUUUCUCCAUUCUCUGUAACUUUGGAAACAGACGACGAAUACAUAGGGUCGUUGCUGAGGAGAGAAAGCUGCUUCUUGCAUCCAAAGCUUGAUUCCUCUUCCAUGGAAUCCGCUCGGCCGGAUGUGGUUCGAUGGAUUAUGAAGAUGAAGGCCUUCUUCGGACUCUGCUCGAGAACAGCUUACGUUGCCUUGAGCUACUUCGACCACUUCACGCAUCGAACUAUCGAUCUCACUAAAGGUAAACGCUGGAAGAUUCAAUUGCUCUCGGUGGCUUGCUUGUCCUUGGCCGUGAAGAUGGAGGAGCGCCAAGGCUUGUCUUUGACAGAGUUCCAAACCGAGAACUACUGGUUCGACGGCAAAGCGGUGCAGAGGAUGGAGCUUCUGGUCUUGAGCACCUUGGAGUGGAGGAUGAGCAGGGUCACACCUUUCUCCUACCUCAAUCAUUGUUCGUCCAAGGCAAUGGAGUGGAAGGCCAUUGAGCUCAUCUUCGAAAACAUUGAAGCGAUGAAUCUAGUGGCGUAUCGAGCUUCCUCCAUUGCUGCUGCUUCGAUUCUCGCUGCGCAAGACAACGAAAGAUUGACGCAGAAGUCAUUGAAGUCCAAGAUGAGCUCUGUAUCCUGGAUGAGAUCUUUGAACAGUGAUGAAGUCUUUUCAUGCUAUAUCAUGAUGAUUCAAGAAUCACAGGAGAAGAAGUUACAUGCGUAG